AUGGGAGGGAAAGCACCAAAAACAAUCAUCACUGAUCAAGAUCAAGCAAUAUCCAAUGCUAUUGCUAAAGUGUUUUCUAAUACUAAACAUCAGUCAUGUUUAUGGCAUAUUUCAAAGAAUGCUCCUUCUCAUUUGGGUAGUUAUAAUUCAAAUCCUGAAUUUCGUAGGCUUUUCUAUAAAUGUUUACAAGGUUUUGAAACAGAAGCUGAAUUCCAAGCAACAUGGGAUAGAAUGAUGGAUGAAUUUAGUGGUCCUAGAAACCAUAAAUGGUUAAAUAAUUUAUAUAAAAUUCGUGAAAAGCGGUGUAUGGCUUUGAACAAUGAUGUAUUUUCAGGUGGAUUUAAAUCCUCUCAAAGAAGUGAAAGCACAAAUAAUGUAUUGAAUGGUAUUGCAAACAAAUCAAUUUCACUUACAAAAUUUGUGCUUUCAAUUGAGGAUGUAGUGGCAAGGUGGCGUUCUGAAGAAGCAAGUGAAGAUUAUAAUUGUAAAAAAGGUUUGCCUUCUCUUGCCAUUAGGAAUAGUAGCAUUUUGAAUCAUGCAGCAAGGGUUUAUACUAAUAAAAUUUUCAAGUUAUUUCAGAAUGAGUUGCUUAAUGGGAUUGCAACAAAUUGGUUAGAAACUGCUUGUCAUGAUAAUGUUUACUCUUUUGAACUAGUGGGAGAGGGGGGAAACUCAAGGACAAGAACUGUGCAUUUUAAUGCUUGUACUAUGGAUAUUAGUUGCACCUAUAAGAAAUUUCAGUCUAUGGGAUUAUUGUGUUCACAUGCAUUAAAAAUUUUUGUUGUCAAGAAUGUGACCAAGAUACCAGAUAAUUAUAUUUUAAGGAGAUGGACUAAAGAUGCAAAAGAAAAGGAUGGUUGA